CACCGGAUUUCGUUAGUUUUAACAAAAUUUGGAGUUUUUCUAAUUAAUCACAGCGCCACGGCUCUUCCACAGUGUGAACGAUGGAUGUGGAAAAGUUAGAGCAGGUGGAUGAAUCGCCCGAUUUCGAUUCUCUCGAUCUGGAUCUAGGUGUAAUCUGCCGCUGUUGUAUGGGAUCCAAACGCCGCAUGAAGCAUCUCUUUACGAUGGAGCUAGACGAUAUGCUGCACUCCGUUACCGGUAUCCGGCCACGGCAAGACGAUGGCCUACCGGGACUCCUCUGCGUGCCGUGCGUACUGCAGCUGCGUCGAUCGCACCACUUCAAACAGCAGAGCGAGAAAACGGACCGGGUGCUGAGGGGCUAUUUGAAGCACGAAUUGUUUAUGAAGAGCUUCGAACCGCCGCCCGGCGAAGAUUUGGUGCAAAAAAUUGAGGAGCCAGUCGACUCUCCAGCGGUCGACACGGAUUCCAACAAUGAGCCAACCGACAGGAAGUGUGAUCUGCGCAUUGAACUAGCCCAACCGGUUGCCUGCCCUAAAUGCGACAAAGAGUUUCUGAACGAGCGGAAGAUGAAGCGCCAUAUGCGGAUACACAGUAGCGAGGGGUAUCAUCAGUGCACCCAGUGCGAUAAGGCGUUCGCCGACAAAUCGAACCUGACGAAACACAUGCGGAAGCAUACGGGGGAGCUUCGGAAUCUGAAAAUCAAGCCGCAUCUCUGUGCGGAGUGUGGUAAAUCGUUCAAGUACAGCACCUCGCUAUCUCGCCAUAAGCGGCUGCACAGCAAGCGCAACGUUUUCACGUGCGAAAUCUGCCACAAGUUCUACGCCGAGCACCAGACGCUGGUGAAUCACAUGCGGACACACACGAACGAACGGCCUUAUUCCUGCAGCAUUUGCGACAAACAAUUUGCCCAGAAACCAAAUCUCGAUCGCCAUGAGCUGACACACACGGGUGUCAAACCGUAUGCUUGCGAUCUGUGUGAUAAGCAGUUUACGCAGAAGAGUUACUUGAUCGUGCAUAAGCGGAUUCACGCAGCGGAAAAACCAUUCCAAUGUUCAUCCUGCUCGAUGGCAUUUGUAUCGCAGAACUCUCUCCAGAAACAUCUCCGCACACCAUGUUCGGAUCGUCCCUUCGCCUGCACGCGUUGCAGCAUAACGUUUCGCUACAAGUCCUCCUUACGCAGGCAUAGACGCAGUCAUAAAGAUGGGGAAUACAUUUGCCGCAUCUGUGCGUUGGCUUUUCACAACGCGAGUAAACUAACGAAUCAUAUGUCAACCCGGCAUCCCAACGUGUUGUGGGAACAUGAUUAUGAUGCGACACCCUGCAUUAAGAGAAAGCCAACGCAGCCGAGUAAUGAAAAGCCUUAUGAAUCGGACGAUGAAUUUAAGCGACUUACGACUAAGGAACUGCAGCACCAAGAUGAGCAGGCCGAGGGAUGCUUACCUAGAGAUGAAACCGUUUUCGAUGAAUCUUAUGAGGCAGAAGAGGAGCUAGCCCUAAGCUACGACGAGUGUUCGUACAUCGACCAACAUACCGUAGAACCAGUUGAAAAUGAACCGCUGCUAUCUAUUCAGAUAAUCCAAACUGAAGAGUUGAGUUCAUGACGGAUUGACUUACGAAAUUAAAGAUAAUGUUGAACGUUGAUGUUGAAUUAAUAAAAUGAAAUAUGGAGUUCGUACGCUCAUGGAAUGGAGAGCCGUA